ACGGGAACUCUCUUUUUCUCUCGCGCAACGCGAAUUUUCUCGGCAACCAAACAGUAAAUUGUCGUCGAAUUCCGGUUUCUCCCUUCAAAAUGGAUCGUAUUCACUUGUACCCAAGUUAAAAUAAUUACUGUGAUAAUUUCUAGGAUAUAUAGAUCGAUAGAUGACGCCGGUUUGCCCUUUUGUCAAAGCGGCGCGUCCAGAUGACGCGCAAUUGGCGAGGAAGCAUGGGGCGGAACACGAGACGCAGGGGGGGAAGGACUCCGGCGACACUGCCACCAUCUCCCCUAAGUGCCCUUUUGGAUAUGAUUCCCAAAGUUUUAAACUUGGACCCCUCAGUUGUAUGAUUUGCCAAGCUCUUCUCUUUGAAAGCAGCAAAUGUUUGCCUUGUUCUCACGUAUAUUGCAAAGCUUGUAUAUCGCGAUUUAAGGACUGUCCGUUAUGUGGAGCUGACAUUGAGAAGAUUGAAGCUGACACGAACCUUCAAAGUGUAGUUGAUCGAUUUAUUGAAGGUCAUGCUAGAAUCAAGAGGUCCCAUGUUGACACAAACAAUGAGGAAGUUGUAAGCGAUAAUAAGAAAGUGAUUUAUGAAGAUGUGUCAAUGGAGAGAGGUGCUUUCUUGGUGCAGCAAGCUAUGAGGGCAUUACGUGCUCAGAAUAUAGAAAGUGCCAAAUCUAGACUCAGUAUUUGUGCUGAAGACAUACGAGAUCAAUUGGAAAGCAAGGGCAACAUGCCAGAGUUGUGCUCCCAGCUUGGGGCAGUUCUUGGUAUGCUUGGAGACUGCUGUCGAGCUGUGGGAGAUGCUGCUGGUGCAAUCAAGUAUUUUGAAGAGAGUGUCGAAUUUCUUACAAAAUUGCCAACCGAUGGUCUAGAGAUUACACAAACACUAUCUGUUUCGCUAAACAAAAUUGGAGAUCUUAAAUAUUAUGAUGGAGACCUUCAGGCUGCAAGAUCUUACUAUUUCCGCUCAUUGGGUGUUCGUCGUGAUGCUGUCAAGAGUUGCUCAGAUGUUCCUUCCCAGAUUCUGGAUGUGGCAGUUUCCCUCGCUAAAGUUGCCGAUGUUGAUAGGAGUCUUGGAAAUGAGAAUGUGGCUGUUAAUGGAUUUCAGGAAGCCAUAAAUAUGUUGGGAUCAUUAACACUGAAAUCUGAAGAAGCUAGUCUUGAGCAACGGCGUCUUUCAGUGCUUGAAUUUCUCAAAAAUCAACUUACAGAUAAACAAUCUGAACCAGCUCCAUGAAGUCAGUCAAGUCUCUACUCUCUUAUCAGAGUACAUAGAGUCAUAGAUAAAAGAGGUACACCCUAUUUCUGUACAUAUGUGAGCUCAAGUUUGUUUAGUAAUAAGCCGAGGUCAUCCCUGCCAGAUUCUGGUGAAUGUUUUCUGUACUCCCCGUGACACAACACAACAGUCAAUUUGUUGUAUGUCAAAACAAGUAGUACCUCCUUCAGUUGGAAAGAAUUUAGGCUCCAGCUGUUAUAUUAAGAGCAGAAGCUGCUUUUAGUUCCUUUUACCAAAACUUAUCUCACCACUGAGGGACAGUACUGAAAUGUGAAAAUCACUUGUAAAUCAUAUUCUAUAUCUCUUGGCUGAAUUCUAAGU